CGCGGUGCGCCACUCCGCGCCCGUCUGUCAGCGCGCACGCGCGUCUCCGCGAUGUCAGUGUGAUCUGUGCUGUGUUUGUGUUUUUUUUUUAAUAUUCUUAUAACCAGCCAUGUAUACGCAAGAGGUUCUAAGCAAGAAAGAGUCGGACAUGUCGAAAAAUCUAGUGACGGGUGAAAUAGAAUACCGGCCGAAGAAGAAGCAAGGAUGCAUGAUAGCUUUGGUGGUGGCUGUGGGUGCUCUUGCACUGUCCCUUGCUGUUUUGACGGUGGUGAGGGAGAUGCAGAUAUCGAGACUGAGGAGUGAGGUCGAUCAGCUGACUGUCAACAUGAUAGCUGUGACGGCGAACAUCAAAAGUCUUAAUCAGAAGGUGAACAGAGAUUUGAAUGAUUUUAAGACGCUGGAUGAUGAUACGAUCUAUGCUGAUGGCGAGGAAGGCCCCGUGUCCAAAGACUCAGCCAUGGGGAAAUUAAAAGAUGUCACUGUACUUGAAGAUGAUACUGAUGAUAUGGACGACGAUGAUGAUUACGAUGACGAGGAGAGUGGCUACUGGUACGAGGACUACGACAGGAGGCCUAAGAAUGGUCACACAAACAUGGUGCACCUGAAACAGGAAGAACUACUGGGGUCAGUCGUCACGCAGGGUCAAAAACGGCCUUCCGACCACCCGUCCAACAUUCACCAGAUUCACCGAAUGCUCAAUGGACUUGAUUCACAAGUCACAGGGGCGCCGAGGGAGAGAGAGGAGGCCGCGGCGCGUGACAAGCGAAGCGUGUUUCCUGACUCCAACGCCAACGACGCCGUCAUUACCAAGCCUGAAGACAGCCCCCGCCGUAAGAUGAAGAAGUACUCAAGCUCGGACUCACCCAAGAUGUUCAACUUCCAGCACACAGUCUCGAGAACAGUACGGAACAGCGAUGACGAGGGCCGGCGGCCGUUCGUGGCGGCCCAUUUCCACGGCAACACCAGCCAUCUCAACCCGGAGGUGCACGAGCAUUACAAAGGCAACGGGCUAAUCCGCGUGGCCCACGACGCCCCCCACAACGUGUGGUACCCCGCCCCCUGGACCAUGUCGUCGCCGCACCCGCGCCCCACGCUCACCAACAAGGGCCACAUUCACGUGCGAGACACGGGCGUGUACCUGGUAUAUGUGCAGAUCUACUACCUGGAUACCCACGACAUAAUCUCCUGGGUGCUCCACCGCACCAACGCUGAGAUAGAAGGGAGAGAGACACUCAUCCAAUGCGCGCAGUCGUCUCACUCUAGCGAACCCCUCGAGAAACCGAAUUCCUGCUUUUCUGCGGCCGCUUUAUUCUUAAAAGCGGGUGACAGACUGGCCGUCCGGAAUACCGGAGGGGAUAGGCAUUCGUUGAUGGAGCCAGAGAAGAGUUUCAUCGGUCUUAUUAAGCUGGCUGAUGCUGAGGAUCCGAAUGAAGAGUUAUAAUUAGUUUAGCUGUGUCUAUGUUAGGGCCGUUAUUUUUAACUGUUUGCAGAAAAUAUUUGGUUGCGUCUAAUUAUUACCAGUUGUACGCUGUACCUGCAAUAGUAUCUACACAUCGAUGCGUGCAAAAAUAAUUGUCUUAUUUAUUUGCUGCUAGGUCUUCUACUUGCAACAAUUCGCAUGCCAUUUUAGAUGGGUACAUUGUCGGCUAUAUGUACCUAGGUGUGUUUAUCGAAUUCAAUUGAUCGAUCAAAAGCUGAAAUGUAUUAAAACACACAUGCGAUUUGUUGCAAGGUGAGUAUAUAGAGGCUUUAAAUCUUGUGAUAUUGUUUGCACGAUUUAGUGUACAUGAUAAUGUUUCAUAUAUAUAAUAUAAUAAUAGGCCUUUUGAUCUGUGUCAGAUGUUUUAAGCAGCAUCCUGGUGACGACGCUGUCCAAGAUAAUGUUUCAUAUGGAAUCACGGUACCUAAUACAAAAUAAAUAUUUUCUGCCAAUGGCUUUUUAUGUUUAGUUAAUGUUAACUAUAGUUUGCAUGUUGGCUAUGCUAACUUAACCCGCCGGCCCGGACGUUUUACAAUAGUGAUAAAGAUUUAUAUAUAGUCAAACAAGUGCCAUUAUUAUUUUUAGAAUGCCCGUGUUAAGACCGUCUAAUACGGAUUUUGAAUCUAGAUCUAAAUGUUUAUGGGCUCUGAUUAUUGCCUAUGCCAUAGAUAAUAGAUUCUACUACUCUGGUGUUUGAGGGCCUACCGCGAAAUACGAAAAUCUAAAUUUCUUUAUAUGCAAGAGCGAUAGAGAGGCAGAUAACGAAAAUUCGAUUUUCGUAUUUCGCGGUAUGGCCUCUGAUAAUGACGAAUGAAUUCAUUCAGUGACCAAAGCCAGUAAUCGGAGAUGUAGAUAUUCAGAUUCUAAACUUAAAAUCUGUUUGUUCAGUGUUUUGCUAACCGGCCUAAGUAGGUACAAAUAACUAUGUUUUAACAGUGAUGUUUUUCUUUUUUUUU